UCGUCCUUGUGUUUUUCGGUGAUGAAAGGUGGAUUUGCACAAAAAGACGCAAACCGAACGACGAAUGUUAGAAUCGAAAGAGGAUAAACGGAGAAGAUCGGGCUUGUUUCCAGCUACAGCCAGCAGGGCAACGAGACGAGCUAACUGAAUGGAAAUUUGAGCUCCAGCUGAUAGAUGUUUUUUUGACUGCUCCUCAUCGUAUAUGGAUUAUCCCUUUUCGCCCUGGUUCCGGAUCGGGAUGUGGACCCGGACUACUGCUGGAUGAGAGGCAAUUAACUGUUAUCAUCUGAACAUAUCAUGACUUUGUCAACUAACAUUGUGCUGAAUUUGUGCCAAAUUCUCGUGAAAGGAUGAACCAUUUAGUGAACUGCAGACCACGACGACAGUAGCUUUAGUGCGACACAUCAUAUCUCCAUCUGGACUCACCGUAGCGUAUGUAGUGUCCCUCUAAUGGUUCCCGAAUGGAAUGCCAUGUUGCACUAGUGCUGCAUCUCCAUUCCGGUGCAAUGUUGUCGUUUCCUCGCAACUGAACAGCUGCCACCACAACCAUUGGUUCAGGGUUACUUCGAUUGAACAACUGAGUGGCGAGUAACAACUGUCAACAGCAUGUUUGCAACGAUGAUGAUACUUCCUUACUGUGUCAGCUGGUCCCAUGGAAACCAUGGGAAAACCGGGAAAACGGAGUGAAUGCGAUUGUUGUAGUAGGCUACCAGAACCAGGGUGUUGGGUUGGGAUGGGGGUAGAGCUGUGUGUGAAAUUCAUAUGCAUCUAAUCCUAUUGAUGUCAUGUACCGCAUGGUUCUUUCGCAUGAAAUCAAAUCGACAGCGUCCGAGCAGCAUUGGAAUGAUAUCCUGUGCACUGGAAUCGGAUGCUGGUGAAUAAAUCUGUCGUUUGUGGUUUGUGCAGGGGUUGGGAUUUUGUGGUGUACGCGUAUCAGCUAAUUCGGUUUCGACUUCAACCAACAACAGUGAACCGCCCUAAUCCAUUUCAUGCGUUUCUGCACACAGAUAAAUUCCACCGUUCGAUCCACAUAAUGAAUCACGCGAGUGUCAACGCCGCCGAUAAAACGAGCGUUCCCAUGAUGACGACAACUAGCGCAACCGUUGCGAGCGCUAUCAUCGCAGCAGCACGAUAAAAGUCAAAUUCCGGGUGAUCCAGUGUCCAAACAUAACCUCGGUUAAAGCUACCACGGAAGCGUGACGACAGUGCAUGCCUGCGGGCUCAAGUGCAACACAGUAGUUUUUGCCAGAGUUUCCAGAAUCGAGCCGAGCGGUGGUGGUGCCAGGGAAUCGCUCGAUGUGCACCACCAGCUGAUCAAACAUAACCUCCAAACUGCAGGCGGUUAAAACUGGAGCGCAAGCAUCGACGUGAGUGUGCGGAGCAAAAAAAACGAAGAUUUUUAGUUUCAGUGUGUGUGUUGUGUGUGUGAAGAUAAAUAUUUCCCAAAACAAACAUGUCGCUCACGGUGCGGAUCAACAAAUUUCAACUCCCGAAGGCGAAAACCAACCUGCUCGGGCGGGUGGAGUUCCGGGGCGUGGCCCACACAACCACCGAACUGAACUGCAGCACCGAGUUUGUGGAUGUUAAUCAGAGCUUCAUAUGGCCGCUGGCGCGACCGGCCGACGAGGACGAAACGGUGAUUGUCGAGCUGCGCCAGCAGACGACCAAAAUUCUGCUGAAAACCGGCAUCGGCGGAUCGGCGACCAGCCGGGGGGGAAGCCGCGGUACCAUCACCAGCAGCACCAAAAUCAUCGGCCGGUACGUGAUGCUGAUGCAAGGUCUCCUCCGCGAGGGUCGCCUCCACGUGCAGGACCGUCUGGUAGACUUGUCGAACAAGCCAAUUGACGCCUAUGUCAGCUUCGACGUAAGCUACCAGAGCCCGGACGAUGAAGCCGGCAACUUCGACUCCUCGCACGUGGUCCGAACCUUGCGCCAGCAAUCCGGAAGCAGUAUCGACGACGACCAGCAGAUGCUUCUGGACAUCGAGCAGAACAUUGCGAACCUGGAAAAGAGUAUGACGCAAGGUGAGGGGGGUAGUUCUGCUCAACCCGGCCGAAGUUCCUUCUCUGGAACUGGUGGUGGAGGAGGGGCUAGCGCAGGUGGAGGAGGCGGUGGCAGCAGCAGCAAACCAAACAUCAUCAAGAGGGUCAUGUCCUCUGGAUCUACGUCGCUGCACGAGAAGAGUCAAUACCCGGCGGUCAAGUACGAUAGGGCUUCCUCAGGCAACGAAUCCUCCCAAGCCAAACCGGCCAAGUCCAUCUCGGACAAGAAGGUGACCCUGCGGACGGUGCGGAACUUCAUACGGCUCGGACGAUCGAGGCAUCCAUCGAGGGAGAGUCGAGACAGUAGCACCGAGGAUGAAGGUAGAUCGCUGAUCACCGACUCGGAGGAUGCUCUGGCAGCUGCCGGAGGUGGUCCAACCAGUAUGGGUCAGUUGAGCAGUAGCCAUGGUAACGAUCUGUCCACGACGGCCGUGACGAGUCCAAGUACGGCCGGAGGAACUGCGCCGCCGGGAUACGAGAACUUGUCGCAGGCCUGCAGUACCCACUCGAAUGCGUCCAGCGACGGGGACGAGAACACCAACAACGAGAAGCUGAAGAAGAUCAAGAACUUGGCCAAGUGCAACGACCAUCUUAAAUCACAGGACUUCCAGGUGUGCGUGACGAUCAUUGAAGCGAGGCAGCUGCCCGGUCUAAACAUGGAUCCAGUCGUGUGCAUCCAAGUAGGCGAUCAGAAGAAGUACACUAGCGUGAAGGAAAGCACCAACUGUCCUUACUACAACGAGUAUUUUGUUUUCGAUUUCCACAUGCCUCCGGUGAUGCUGUUUGACAAAAUCAUUACGUUAUCUGUUCUUCAAAAUCGAGGUGUUUUCCAAACGAACAAACUCGUCGGAUCGUUCAAACUGGACGUGGCAACGCUUUGGCAUCAGAAAGACCACCAAUUCUAUCACAAGUGGGCUCUGCUGACCGACCCGGAAGACUUCGUUUCCGGUCCUAAGGGGUACCUCAAGUGUGAUGUCGGCAUCAUCGGCAAGGGCGACACGGUCAAAGUUCCUCCCAAGUCCGAGAAGGACCCGGAUGACAUUGAGGCGAAUCUACUGCUGCCGGACGGCGUUCCCAUCGAACGGCAACGGGCCAAGUUCAUCGUGAAGAUCUACCGGGCCGAUGGCCUUCCACGGAUGAACUCCUCGCUGAUGGCGAACGUCAAGCGGGCGUUCACCGGAGAGGCCAAGGACUUGGUGAAUCCGUACGUGCAGGUGUCCUUCGCCGGGUUGACCGGCAAAACCACCGUCAAGAAGGCCUCCUACAGUCCGGUGUGGAACGAGCAGUUGGUGUUCACGGAGAUGUUCCCGCCGCUGUGCCAACGGAUCAAGGUGCAACUGCGGGACGCGGACCCCAUGAAACCGUCGAUCAUCGGUACGCACUACAUCGACCUGAAGCAGAUUUCCAACGAUGGCGAGAAAGGAUUCCUGCCGACGUACGGGCCGUCGUUCGUUCAUCUGUACGGUUCAACGAGGGACUACAACCUGCUGGAUCAGCACUCGAACCUGAAUACGGGCCUGGGUGAGGGGGUGAGCUACAGGGCACGACUGCUGAUCGCCAUCCGGACCGAGAUCACCGACAAUGUGGAGCUGUUCACCGAUAAGAAUGUCGACCUGGAAUCCACCCUGCCCAUCUCGGAGUCGUCCUACUGCAAGAACGACGACUUCUUCCUAUUCGGCACCGUUCUGGAAGCGUCCAUGAUCGACCGGAAGGUCAGCGACCGGCCGGUUUUCUUCGAGCUGAGCAUGGGCAAUGCGGGCAACUCACUGGACGGCCACAACGAGAGUGCAACGAUCAUGAACGACGAUGACGAGCUGGAAACGGUGGACACAACCUCGUACAGCAGUACUACAAGUGCCUCGAAACCGUCCACGCACGACAAAAGUCACUUCUUCCUGCCGUACUGGGACAUGAAACCGUGCAUGGACGUACGCUGUUCGUUUCCGGACCUGCGCAGGCGCAUGUACAACAGCAACAUGAUAGCGAAGAUCACCGAGCGAAUGGAGAUCGGACUGGCGGAGACGAACCUGCUCAUAGAGGAUGAAGAUCCCACGGCGGAGGUGAAGCUACGGGCAGUGCUGGAAGAGGUGGCAACGAGUUGUAACCAGUACCUCCAGAUUACGAAGGGGGCGUUGGUUGGACCGGGGACGGGUAAGACAAAGCUGGAUAAGGAGAGAAUGAAGCUGUGUCAGCGAGAGGUUGAGUCAAUAGGGAAUAUGUCCAGGAAUCUACGGGCGCUGGUGACUAAAAGCUCGAUGAAGGAACGGUACAAAACCGCACAUAGCUAUUUGAACAAACUGAAGUUCUUGAUAGAUGAUCCGCAGCAUGCGUUGCCGGAUGUGUUCAUCUGGAUGGUGGCAAAUGGGAAGCGGGUAGCGUAUCAUAGGAUCAGUGCCAGAGAUUUGAUCUACUCCACGACGGAAGAGGAAACAGGAAUUUACUGCGGAAAGGUGCAGACGAUCUUUUUGAAACUGCCGGGCAAACAAGCGGAAGGUCCAGCAGGGUGGCAAGUGAGGGCAAAGUUGCACAUCUACCUCUGGUUAGGAGUGUUGAAGCACAAGAAGUCAUUCUACGCAGGAUUACCUCGAGGGUACGAGUUAUGCUACGAAUUUAAGAACUCCGACAAGCCGAAUGUUCCGGCUCCAACGGCUGUCCGCUAUGUGGAUAAUCACGUGUUCCAGCUUCGGGCGCAUGUCUAUCAGGCGCGAUCGUUGAUCGGGUCGGAUGCGUCUGGUUUGAGCGAUCCGUUCGCAAUCGUGUACAUGACUGAGCACUCGAGAACUACGCAAGUGAUUGAAGAGACGCUGAGUCCAACGUGGGACGAGCUUUUGGUGUUCGACGAAAUUGUGAUCUACGGUGCAAAGGAUGAGAUUAGGAAGGACCCGCCAACGAUUGUGAUAGACAUCUAUGACCAGGACAAAGUUGGUAAGUCUGAGUUCAUCGGAAGGGCAUUGGCGAAGCCAAGGAUCAAACUGAAAGAAAAUCACUACUCGAACCCGGUGCUGGAGUGGUUUGAGAUCACCAGAGGACUAGACAAUGCUGGUGAACUUUUGGCGGCCUUUGAAAUGUUGGAACUAGGAUCGGUCGAUAUCCCAAGGCUGGCAGAGCCGCAGUGCGUAGCAACGGAGACCCGAGUAGACAAGCCUGGCCCACCACCAAUGGCCAUUAUUCCGGUUCCGAGAGAGGUGCGACCAAACCUAGCUCGGUUCCGUAUUGAAGUUCUGUUCUGGGGUUUGCGGGAUCUGAAGCGAGUACAUUUCAUGACGGUGGACAAACCACGGAUAGACAUCGAAUGUUCUGGGAAAAUACUCAACUCUAGCAUCAUCCAGAACGCCAAAAAGAACCCGAACUUUGCCAACAUGGUCAAGUCGUUUGAUUUGGAACUUCCAGUUGAAGAACGAUACGCUCCUCCUAUUACGGUUCGUGCCGUGGAUUGCCGAUCCUUCGGACGAUACACCCUCGUGGGAACCCACCAAAUAACAUCCAUUCACAAGUACAUGCAUCGAUCACUACCGAGGGACGAUACGAGGCGCGUGAAUCAGAACGGCCAGAUAAUUCUGUCGAAGCACAAGGACCUAGUAGGUAACAAUACGACAAUGCCCAACGACAGUUCAAUGAUGAAGUCGAUCUCCGGUGACAACCUCACGCUGUACGGAGCAGCUUGUGUAAGCAAGGUGGCUAAGCACAAGAAGACAAAGCGGAAACUGGAACAUGACGACACCUUCGACGCGGAGGACGAUGACGAAUCAAGCAAAGACUGGUGGACCAAGUACUUUCUGUCGUACGAGCGACUGAUUGAAGCCUCGAAGCCUGCGACGAGUUCCCGGGCGCUUGAAAACCACAUACCAGCUGCGGAUGGUGGCAAGAAACUAGGUGUCAAGACGUCGAAACUGGUGUCCAAACUCAGUCCAAAAUCAACGCCCAAGAAGACCGCCAGUUCGAACACUGCCACGUGUCACAUCUAUCCGACCGAGCUGGAAUCCCUGCCGGAGUACAACAACUUCAAGGAGUGGCUUCUGUCCUUCCCGCUGUAUCGUGGCAAGAAAACCGGCGACAGCACGGAGGAUGAAAACCGAAUAGUUGGCUUCUUCAAGGGAGCGAUCAAGGUAUUCAGGCUGCCGAUAGACAAAAGCAUGGAUCCCGCGUUUGCCCCAACACUUCCGCUGAACGACCCGAUCCACGUCCUGGUUCGGGUCUACAUCGUCAAAGCUACCGACCUGCACCCGAUGGAUUUGAACGGUAAGGCCGAUCCGUACGUAGUGCUCCAGCUGGGCAGCAAACGGGUAUCCGACAAGGAGAACUACGUCAGCAAGCAGCUGAACCCGGUGUUCGGAAAGUGCUUCGAAAUUGAGGCGACCUUCCCGCAGGACUCGAUGCUGACGGUGCAGAUCUUCGACUGGGACUUGGUCGGGGCGGACGACCUGAUCGGGGAGACGAAGAUCGACCUGGAGAACCGGUUCUACAGCAAGCAUCGGGCGAUGUGCGGCAUUGCCGCGCGUUACGAAGAUGCCGGGUACAACCAGUGGCGCGACCCGAUGAAGCCGACGCAGAUCCUCACCAAGCUGUGCAAGGAGAACAAGCUGGAACCGCCACAGUAUCAGCAAGAUAGGGUGUCGAUCGGGCGCUACUGCUUCACCUUCACCCACGAGGAGAUCCAGACGUGGAAUCAACCGACGACCUGCAAGUUCCGGGACGAGCAUCUGGCGCUGGCCGUUCUACACCGGUGGGAUGAAGUUCCUCGAGUUGGAUGCAAGAUCGUUCCGGAGCACAUCGAGUCGCGGUCGUUGUACAGCACUGACAAACCGGGCAUCGAACAGGGCAAGCUGGAGAUGUGGGUCGACAUGUUCCCUAUGGAUAUGCCUCUGCCAGGACCUCCGGUCGAUAUAUCACCUCGGAAACCCAAGUCCUAUGAGUUGCGGGUGGUGAUCUGGAACACGGAUGACGUGGUUUUGGAAGACGACGCGUUCUUCACCGGUGAGAAGAUGUCCGACAUCUAUGUGAAAGGGUGGCUCAAAGGUCCACAGGACAUUCAGGCGACGGACAUCCACUACCGCUCCCUCACCGGCGAAGGCAACUUCAACUGGCGGUUCAUCUACCCGUUCGAGUACUUGGCGGCGGAAGAGCGGAUCGUCCUAUCCCGGAAAGAAUCGCUCUUCAGCUGGGACGAAACCGAAGUGAAGAUCCCGGCCCGUCUAGAACUGCAAGUCUGGGACGCCGAUCACUUCUCCGCCGAUGACUUCCUGGGAGCCAUCUCCCUAAAUCUGAACCGCUUCCCUCGGGGUGCCAAGUCGUCCAAACUGUGCACCCUGGACAUGCUCAAAACGGACAACGUGCCGACGGUGAACAUCUUCAAGCAGAAGCGGGUCCGCGGCUGGUGGCCGUUCUUCAUCAAGAAGGAGAACGACGAGAUGGAGUUGACCGGGAAGGUCGAGGCGGAGAUUCACCUGCUGACGAAGGACGAGGCGGAAAAGAAUCCGGCCGGGUACGGACGCAAUGAGCCGGAUCCGCUGGAGAAGCCGAACCGACCGGAUGCGUCCUUCAUGUGGUUCCUGAAUCCGCUCAAAUCGAUCCGGUACAUCAUCUGGCACAACUACAAGUGGCGCAUCAUCAAGGGCCUCAUCAUCAUCGGGCUGGCCAUCCUGUUACUGCUGUUCUUCUACGCCAUCCCGGGCUACUCGGUCAAGCGGAUGCUCGGAGCGUAAUGUGAGCGGUUCUUCUGUUUACAGACAACAACUGGAACAAAUCUGCGUUUGUUUCUUCCUUUUUGGAAGCAGGAGUUUUGUCCAAUUUCCGUUUUGAAGACUGUCUUUUUCACCGAAUACUUUAACGUAGGACUACGCUUUCUUUUACCUUGUAUCGAAGUAGGCGUCUGUUUCGAGUCGUGAUAAUUUUCUUUUAAUUUGAAGUAUGUAGAAACACUUUUAUUCAGAAAAUCUUUCAGUAGACUUCUUAAGAAAAUAACAUCGAACAGCAGCACAGCGUAAUUGCAUAUCAGUAUUACCAGACCAUUAAAGUAGAAACGAAUCAAAGUAGGCGCUUUACGCGUAGAGGGUGACCAAAGGUGUACAAACUUUAGAAAAAGAAAGGUAAACAAAAGAAUGACGUUUUGUAAAUAGAGUGACCAGAAAAGGUAUUGCUUUCUCCGAUCAAGUCUUUUUGCAUUUUCUACAUAGGAUUCAAUCCACUUUUGACUCGCACGUAGCGAAUGAAAAUCACAAUAAGAACUUUUUCAAUCUUUUCACAAUCAAAUUUUGCCAAUCAUUCAACCUAUGGACAGUAAAUCAUACUACUUCUGAGCUUACUAAAGCCUGGUAGUUAGUGUGCGAGUAAAUCUAAUGAAUAUAGAUAUCAAAUUCCCGUGGCAUAUCGCUCGAAACCUUAUACAGACAGU